AUGCGUGCUCAAUCUCAAUCUCCUUUGCCCGCCUUGUGUCGAGAGAAGCACAUAAAGUGUUAUCAUAUUGGCCCUGUGACCGAAAAUAUCCCGUUUGCGACAAUUGUGACAGGGUCAAUAAAGGUGUCGGCCGGCGCCCAGCUUCCAGUUCAGGAAGUGACGUCGUUCCGCCCCCAAGUUAAGAAACGCCGAAAGCGGCGGCUGCGACAUGACUCUCCCGAGGAAUACCGUGCUGACGGGCGUGAGUGGCCCGGUGCCGGUGCUUCAACACGUGCAUCUUCAUGUGCCACAACGCAAGAUCCCAUCGACUCACCAGGAAGGGCUAGAUCUCCGAAGAGGGCCACACGAAGUGUAAACAAUAACGACCAUGUCAUCAGAUCAAUCGCACCUGUAUCCCCCUCGUCUCCCUCUGUUGCGCCAACGAGGCCAUUAACACCCCCACUUCUACAAAACACUAACCCUAACCGUGAAGAAUUGAUCCAACACAUUGAAUCUCUGAGCGGUACAGAGGGGCGCGCAGCUCCAGUGCACAGCAGCGGCGCUGGCGAUAACCACCAUGCUACCAACAGCAACGGAGAUAGGGGUAAUGACACUGGAAACCACGGCCGCACAGCUGAGAAUGGCGCAGAUGAGCCAUCUGGCGACCUCGAGGACGGGUUUCCCCUUGGUCGGAUCGACACGGGGAGUAGUGUGAUGGAAGACUACGUCUCACCUUCGGGCGACGUCCUCUAUCAAAACCCUCCCGCGGUGUUUGGCCUCCCUCUAACCGCCACAAUUGCCACCCACCACCACGUGUACGGCCAUGCCGAGUCUUCCGCUAUAGUUACCGCCGCUGCCGCUGUCCCUCCGAGUAUUGCAGGUACCGCCACCGCCGCGCGGUCUGUAGUGGAUGUUGCAACUCCAACUCCACAGCUGCAGAUCGCAUCCCCUUACGAUAGUCAUCAUCCUCCGGAUGCCUCUGCUGUGACGCGAUCCGAGAAUCCUCACACCGAAAGCGGAGCUCACGUAAACUAUACAAGUCACACGAACCCUAAGAGUCACCUCGAUCUCCGCAGCCGCCAUCACCACCGCUAUGACGGGUUCAGCACAUCGGACACGGUGGCGAGAGCACUCGCCCCGCCAGCUCCGCUUCACUCGCGCGAAGCUCACUUGAUCAAGUUCUUCAUGCAGACAUUUGGCCCGUUACUGGACUGCAACGACCCUGAGAGGCACUUCACUAUGGCCAUACCUCAGCUGGCGCUGACCAAGGCACCUUGCCUCUUGUCGGCGAUCCUUACCAUAUCCGCGCUUCAGCUGAGCCGCGUGUCCGACUAUCCGAUCAGUGCCGCGAGGCAAUACCGCCGCCAGUGCGGGCGUUUGCUGAUUCCUGUCUUGGAAGACCUCACGAACCGAGAAAUGGAGGGGGCUAUCUUUGGCACCUACGUUUUGCUGCGCAUCUAUGACCAGAUGACUGUGGAGUUACGAGGGUGCCACCCUGACACGUUAUUCUCGUCAUCCCUGGCGCUGUCGACCUCUCCAUGGUCUGCCUACAUGGACAAAGAAGGGUCGCUGAAGCGUGCGGCGUUUUGGGUCCACAUCCGCGAGGACAUCCACGUCGCCCUCUUCCUGCGGUGGCCCAUCAAGAUCGACUGCCCUCUGUUUCAACAAAACCUAAAAGCCAUCAAGGAUCUCACCAAGGCGAACCUGGCCGAGAGAAGGACGAGCCUGGAACCACCGGGGCUCCGGCUUCCGCGCCCGGAUAUUGAGUGCGCCUGGAGCAACCACAUCAUCGGGCUAACUUGCCACGUUAUCAACUUUUGCUUUGGCCCCGAGCAAGGCAAGUCAGUCGAGACGUGGGCCGUGCUUCUGUCCCAGGUGGAGUGCUGGAACUUGGAGAAACCCGACACGUUUGCUCCUUUUCACGAACACGACGCCGAACCGGAGCAGAACCAGGUGUUUCCCACCAUAUUGUUGAGUUGUGAUUGGCAUGUCAUCGGUCUUUUGUACUACCAUCUAUCGUUAAUUUUGCUCAAGAGCCAUCGGCCUGGGCAGGCCGGAAGCUUGACGACGUUGCAUGGCAAGGGCGAAAUUAUCAACCACACAAGGAUACUCUGCGGCAUCGUCAUCUCGAAUCCCAUUGCGCAGGCCCUCAUCGUCGCGUGCCACAUGAUUAUCGUGGCAGGGAUCUUCCUGGAGAAUCCGGCAGAACAGCGCGAAGUUCUCCAGUUGCUGCACAUGGCCAGAACUGCUACCGGAUGGCCUGUAGACGAAGUGGAAAAGAGACUAAAAGACGCAUGGGGCUAG